AAUCGCAGAAGACAAAAUGCGUUCUUAUCUACUGCUCUGUUGUGUAGCAGCUUUUGGUAUUGCAGAGACAUAUGCCGAAACCAACUGUACCAUAAAAGGCGAGAUAUCAUGUUAUUCGUGUAUGGGACGUGAUAUGGAGAAUUGCCAAUCAGGGCUCACAUGUUGCAAGGGAGCUUGCUUCAAACUUGAGGAUAUUAAGCAUAACGUUAUCGUGAAAGGAUGUGUGAAUAACAGAGAAGAGGAUGCAUCGAUGAAGGUGCGUGAGCUCAAUGUGCCACUUUAUUGGGCCAACAAGGAAAAGGUUAAAGGAGAAUCAUUCUUCUGCACUGGAAAACACUAUUGCAAUAAUACAUCUCGUGUUAGUUUCAUAGUCUCAAUCUUUUCUGUAAUCUUGGCUCUUUUGAUCAUCGGAUAACCCAUACUUCUUCUUUUUAUCAAUAGGAAUUUAUAUUUACUGCCUUUUUAAUACCUAUUUUGUUUUUUUUAUAUUUUUAAAAAAUUUUGAAAAUUGUCAGUACCAACAGUACAAAUAGGUUUUUUAACCAAUAAAAUGUCCCAGUUUCCAUGAAACCUCCCUUUGACACUUUAUUCAUUCCAACACCAUCCCAACCAUCUUUUCAUUUUGCCUUUAUUUUUGAAAAUCAUUUAUUCUUAAAAAUUUUUUUUCUCAAUUGUAUUUUAAUAUAACCCGAUUCAAUUGAAGACAAUAACAAAAAUCAAUUUCUAGGAGAAAAUAAAAAUAGAACAAAA